AUGAAAGCAGCUACGGUGAUACUAAGCGUUCUUGGGCUCGUCGCGCUGGGCAGUGCUGCCCCGGUCGAGAGCAUCCACCCGUGGGCCCUGAUUCCCGACGGUAACGGUAGGCUGCGUCUGAUCAACGUUAACCCGUACGAUGUCCCCAAGGGUGACAAUGAGGUUGAGCCGCUGUUCGAUCCGCUGACGGACGUUGUGUUCCGCCUGUACACCCGUCGCAAUCCGGUCCAUCCGCAAGUGAUCCGCUGGAACGAUGCGGGUUCCGUUUCCGGCAGCAACUUCAAUCCGGGCCAUCCGACGCGCUUCCUGAUCCACGGCUUCCUGGAGGGCGAGGAUGCCAGCCUGCACUGGUCCAUCAAGGAUCACUUCAUCCGCGUCGGUGAGUUCAACAUCGUGAACGUGGACUGGGGCGCGGGUUCGCAGACGAUCAACUACAUUGCCGCCCGCAACCGGGUGGGCGCUGUCGGAGAGGUGAUUUCGCGCAUGAUCAACACCAUCGUGUCCGCUACCGGUACGUCGCGCAACAACAUCAACCUGAUCGGCCACAGCUUGGGCGCGCACGUGGCGGCCAACGCCGGUAAGCACCAGAACGGGCAGCUGAACACCAUCAUCGGUUUGGACCCGGCCGGUCCGCUGUUCUCGAACGGGCAGGCCGAUCUGUUCGGCGCCAACGAUGCGCAGUACACGGAAGCCAUCUACACCAAUGCCGGUCUGCUUGGGUUUGAUCAGCCGCUGGCGCACGCCAACUUCUACCCGAACGGUGGUCGCUCGCAGCCGGGAUGCAUCCUGGAUGUGGCCGGCAUCUGUGCGCACAACCGGGUGAACAAUUUCUACGCCGAGUCGGUUUCGUCGUCGGUUGGGUUCCGCUCGACGCGCUGUGCCAACCAUGCCGAGAUUCUGCAGGGCCGCUGUACCCCGAGCGGUGCAAACGCGAACAUGGGCGGCGAGCCGUCGAACCGUGGACGUGGUGUGAAUGGUGUGUACUUCCUCACCACCAACUCCAACUCGCCGUUCGCCCAGGGUUAGGGUUUUGCGCAAGCAAGGAGGUGGAUUGAUAUUUUCAAAUAAAUAUGUUAAUGCAUUUUGUAAA